AUGUCUACCAAAGUAAAUGGCUCAAGCAUGCGACGCACUCGUGAAGUCCCUCCUGUCGCCAUCGUCGGGAUGGCAAUGAGAUUACCUGGAGGAGCGAAUACCGAGAGUGACUUCUGGGAUUUGUUGGUCACGGGGAAUGACGGCCACUGUCGGGUUCCAUGGUCUCGGUAUAAUGCGCGCUCGCAUUCCAGCCCUGCUGACCUUCACACCGUGCGGACAGAAUACGGCUACUUUCUACGUGAGGACCCAGCGCGCUUCGAUGCCAAGUUCUUUGAUGUGCCUGCGCGGCAGGCAGCCGCACUGGAUCCUCGUCAGAGACUGCUAGCAGAGGUGGUCUGGGAAUGUAUGGAAAAUGCCGGACAAACAGACUGGUCGGGGUCGGGCCAGAAGAUUGGGUGUUAUGUUGGCGUCUUUGGCAACGACUGGAUGGAGCUUGCGAUGCAGGAUACGCAAGAUUUUAGCUACAAUCGAGUAGCUUGCACCAUGGAUUUUAUUUCCAAUUCUAUAUCUUAUGCAUUUGACUUGACAGGCCCAAGUGUCACAUAUAAUACAGCAUGCUCUUCUUCUAUGGCUGCAUUACAUGAUGCCUGUCAGGCACUCUAUGAUGGCGAUUGCAAAGCGGCGAUUGUGGCAGGAGCGAAUCUCAUUUUCACGCCAACCAUAAGCACGACCCUGUCUGAUUACCGGGCCAUGGCCUCUGAUGGAAUCUGUAAGACAUUCGAUGCAGCAGCAGAUGGAUAUGGCCGCGGUGAAGCGGUAAAUGCUAUCCUCAUCAAGAGAUUGGAUCACGCAAUCCAGGAUGGAGAUCCUGUGCGAGCUGUGAUCCGUGCAACAGCCCUGAACUGCGAUGGUAGACAAGAAUCUCAAGGGGCUCCCAAAGCACGAACCCAGGAGGAGGUCAUCCGGGACGCAUAUGCCAGGGCGGGGAUAGAAGACUUUUCUCGUACAGCCUUUUUUGAAUGUCAUGGCACGGGAACUCAAAAAGGCGAUUUGGCCGAGGUAACGGCGAUUAAGAACGUAUUUGAGAAGGGUAUUAUGAUUGGAGCGGUGAAACCCAAUGUUGGGCAUGCAGAGGGCGCUUCAGCUAUUACAAGCCUCAUAAAAGCGACUUUAGUGUUAGAGCACAAGCUAGUACCCCCCAACAUCCAUGUCAAGAAACUGAAUCCACGCAUACCCUUCCAACAAUCUGGGAUCGUUGUUCCAACAGAGCCGACUGCCUUGUCAAUUGAACGUGCAGAGCGAGUUAGCGUCAACAGUUUUGGUGUAGGAGGUUCAAACGCACAUGCUAUCUUGGAUUCCUGGUCCUCAGUUCGUACUAGCAGUGAAGAUGACUCUUUGAUCCCUGAUGGUAUCUCGAAACAGAGGUUGCUUGCUGUUUCCGCAAAGGGCGCAGAGGCUCUUCAAUUGCGAGCUCGGGAAAUUCAAGCUUACCUUGGAAACACUAAGCAAUCACUACAUGAUCUGGCCUACACUCUGGGAGUCAGAAGGGUUCACCUGCCCCAUCGGGGUUACGUGGUGGCAAAAGACCAAUCUACUCCAGACAUAGGCAACUUCCAAUUGUCACGAGAGACCUGCGCGUUCUCGGCACUCACAUUCGCCUUUACCGGGCAGGGGGCACAGUGGCCUGGGAUGGGCAAGCAGCUGAUGGCUGAAUUUCCAAGCUUUCGAGAGGAUAUAUUUCGAAUAGACGACAUAUUGCGAAAGUUGGAAGAGCCCCCGCGGUGGAAAAUACAAGGCAAGAAUUGGACACCUUCAGAAGCGAACAUUGUAUGUUCUAACGCCCAGCCACUUUGUACCGCCGUCCAGAUAGGUCUAGUUAACCUCCUUCGACGCUGGGGGCUUCGGCCAGAUUCAGUUGUUGGACACUCGAGUGGUGAGAUCGCUGCAGCUUAUGCUGCAGGUGCAAUCCCAAUCAGGACAGCCAUGAUUCUUAGCUACUAUCGUGGCCAAGUCACAAAGUUACAAAGCCUCCCGGGAGCAAUGGCUGCCGUGGGUAUUGGUAAGUCCGAUGCUCUGCGAUACGUGACGGAUGAAGUUGUAGUGGCGUGCGACAACAGCCCCCAGAGCACCACUCUGUCCGGAAGUCCUGAGGCAUUGGACCGCGUUCUUCAGCAGAUAUCAAGGGAGCAUCCGGGAAGUUUCUGCAGACGGCUUUACGUGCCCAUAGCGUAUCAUUCCCAUCAUAUGGAGAAAAUCGGGCUGGCGUAUGAAAAGCUGAUCAAGCGCCAUCUACUGAGGAAUGCUUCAAUGGGCGUCCCAUUGUAUUCCACAAUAACGUGCGAUGUGAUCGCAUCACCAGCCGAGUUGGAUGCGGAUUAUUGGCGUCGGACUCUCGAUUCACAAGUCUGCUUUUACCCUGCGGUCCAGUCGCUUGUGAGUCAGACUACAGAAAAUAGAGUCUUCGUGGAAAUUGGACCACACUCGACGCUAUCGACACCCUUGCGGGACAUAUUUCGAAACUGUGGUGGAUCAUCGCGACUGGACUAUAUUCCAACCCUUGUAAGGAACCGGGAUCAAGUAAGUUCUUUACUCGCCACUGCAGGGGAGCUUUACAUACGCCAUAUUCCAGUGGAUCUGUUGGAGGUCAAUGGUGGCCGCGGGAAGGUUCUUACAGAUCUCCCACGCUAUCCGUGGGGUCAUGAUAGGAGAUAUUGGCACGAGACCCGCAUGGCAAGAGAAUGGAGAGAUCGAAAAUUCGGACACCACCCGCUUCUGGGAGUCCGGACGCUUGAAUCAUCAGAUCAAGAACCGGCUUGGAGGAACCGCCUCGAGCUUAAACGCAUACGCUGGCUUUUAGACCAUCAAGUGGGUAAUGACAUCCUUUUUCCGUGCGUUGGCUAUAUUGUAAUGGCCGGUGAAACAAUGCGCCAAAUCCACGGCCAAGAGUGCUAUUCAAUCAAGAACCUAUCUGUGGUAUUGCCUCUCGAAUUGCGGGAGGAUGAACCCACCGAGAUACUCACAAGCUUGCGACCAGUCAAACUCACGGACAGCCUUGAUUCACAGUGGUUCGACUUCACUAUCUCGGCAUACGAUAACCAACGCUGGCGAAAGCAUUGUUCGGGUCAGGUAAUGGCAGGCAAGGAGGAAGGGAUGGCGACCUCGACUGACGACGUUCAUCCUUUCGUUCGCCACAUCGAGCCGCAGUCGUGGUAUAAUGUUAUGGACAAACGUGGGCUGGCCUUCGGGCCUGAAUUCCGCAGGCUCCGAAAUAUUACUGCAAACCCAAUGAGGCACGAGGCAGUAGCUACGGCACGCCUUGAUCGCACGGUGAAAGACGAGCAUAGCAUGCAUCCAUUGAUUAUAGAUCAAGGUCUCCAACUCCUAGGCGUUGCAUUGAGCAAUGGCCUUUCCCGCCGCAUGCCAAGAUUUGGAAUCCCUGUGUCAAUUGAUAGCAUCUACAUUGCCCCAGUUGGGGAAGAGACCACCUUCAAGGCCAGUCUCCCGACAACCCCGAGCGGCCAACUGAGCGCAGCAUUAGGUGGAGAUGUGAUCGGGAUAUCGAACGGAGAGGUGGCUCUAGUCAUGAGAGGAGCCAAGUUCCUGCCCCUGGACCAUAGCCCGGAGUUAAAAGACGUUAACAUCCCGUUGUGCUCUCGACUCGAAUGGAAGCCGGACAUUGACUUGCUUUCUCCCAAGGCCUUCUUGGCAAAAUCUAUCCCGCGCACCAGUGCGAUGACUCUCGUACUCAAAUUGACCCUAUUGGGUAUCAUGCACCUUAUGGAACGAGUUGGAAGCUACACAGGAACAUUGGAGGUUUCGAUGCAAUACGAGAGUUUGGUGAAUAAAAACUUCAAUCGACUCCUGGAAAUUCUGCAGUCUGUUUUUCCUGAGGUCAGAGGCUGGGACAUGGGUACAGCAUCUAUUCGGACAAAGAUAUUGAGAGACGUUAAGAAGGCCAUCGCUUCUCCCAGACCAGAAUUUCGGCCGAUACGCAGCUUUCUGAUGAGCGGUCUCGAUGUCAUUGAGAAUAGGACGCCGAUUAUGGACUUUUUUGUAGGAGACGCAGGUUUCAAGUCAUUCUACGAGCUCAUUGCAAACUGCGUGGACCUGGGUUUCGCUUUCUCAUUGCUAGGACACUUGGAUCCCGCACAGAGGAUACUUGAGAUCAAGUCCAGCACAUGCGGCGCCACGGCUGGCAUUUUGAGUUCCUUGUACUCGGCAGAAGGGAUACGGUUGUUCAAGAACUAUACCCUUGUCGCUAUGUCUUCGGAAUUACUCGUCGAGCACAGUGACAGAUUCAAAGACAUGGACGGGUUUGAGUGUGCUGUUCUUGAUCUCGCCAGCAGCCCUAUUGAGCAGGGAUUUGAAGCAGCGUCUUAUGAUUUGAUUAUUAUUCCUAGUGACUUGCCUGCCAACGCCGACCCUAACACCUCCUUGCACAACCUAAGGAGUCUGCUUGUUCCGGGGGGCCGUUUGUUGAUUCGGGAGGUUACACCAGAUGUUCCCUUCGUGGAUUAUGCCAUGAGCUUGAUUCCAGGAGUUUCCAUCUUUAGCCAUGGUUCUCAGCACAAGAACCUUUACCCGCCUGAGUGCUGGAAGGAGAAACUCUGUGAAACUGGAUACGAGCAGACCGAGCUCACGUCCUGCCUGUUCAAUGCUUAUCCAUGGUCCUUAAAGCAGAGCAUAUUUGCAAAGUCUCCGUAUCUGGAGAAUCAGAAGGGUGCCGUUCACCUGUUAUGCAACUCGCAUUCACACCAAUGGACGCAAGCGGUUACUCGACUACUGCGUAAGGAAGGAUAUGCUGUUGAGUUCUUCACGCUGGAGGACCUACCACAGGACACAGAAGACGUUGUCUGUCUUUUGGACCUGGAGGAGGCGUUUUUGCAAAAUAUCUCAAAGGAGAGAUACGACGCACUGCUACGUUAUAUCUCACAAAGGCGACGGACACUGUGGGUUACCAAAGCCUCGCAAAUGACAUGCGAGGAUCCGUCAUAUGGUCUGAUUCUAGGUUUAGCGAGAACGAUCCGAUACGAAGAGUCGAUUCAGUUUGCAACCCUCGAAGUGGAAGAAUUUAAUUUUACAGCAGCCGGAUUGCUGGUGAAAGUGUACGAGAAGUUCCGGCAGCAGUGCACCCAAGGAGUGUCACAUCCCGAGUGCGAGUUUGCCAUACACAAAGAUGUCGUGCAUGUCGGCCGAUUCCAUUGGUUGGCACACCGUGAUAUCAGACCCGUUUUGGAUACCGAUGAUGCUCCUCGGAUACUCGAGGUUGGGAAGCUCGAUGGCAGGGACCCUGUCAUCUGGAGACAAAAGUCACCCCCUCGCCUCGGUGAGGACGAUGUGACUGUGGAUGUGCAUUUUGUCGGACUGAAUUUCAGGGACGUUAUGGUCUCGUCCGGGUUCAUUGGGAAUGAACAUGGAAUGGGCCUUGAGGCCAGCGGGAUUGUCCGGCAGGUUGGGCCACGAGUUACACAUCUUCAACCUGGAGACAAAGUCCACGUUAUAGGCACGGGACUCUUGGCUACAAGUGUUACCACUGCCAGUCAGUUCUGUUUUCCGGUUGCUAGCGACAUGUCUUUGGAAGAUGCAGCCACAGUGCCGAUCGGAUAUGCAACCGCGAUCUACUCGCUUCUCACUGUUGGACAGCUCGAGAAUGGCCAGAUCUUUGCCACAGUUGGGAAUGGACAGAAGGUACAGUAUCUCGUCGACAACUUCGGCAUACCCCGAAGCAAUAUUUUUGCGUCUCGGAACGCAUCCUUUGUUUCUGGGGUGAUGCAAGAGACAGAGGGAAAAGGUGUCGACAUUGUUUUAAACUCACUCUCUGGUGCCCUGCUCCACGAAUCCUGGAAGUGUGUCGCAAAGUUCGGCAAAAUGAUCGAAAUAGGGAAGCGUGACCUCAUGGGCCAUGGCAGGUUGAACAUGGAGACUUUUGCAGCGAACAGAACUUUUAUCGGUGUCGAUUUGCUGCAGCUUCUGCUAGAAAGCCCGGAACGAUUUCAGAGGCUCAGACAAUCAUUCUAUAGAUUGAAUCGGGGAGGGCACCUCAAGCCGAUCCAUCCGAUAAAAGUAUUUGACGCGAGCCACGCCCACCAGGCUUUGGCAUAUAUGCAACGAGGGACACAUAUCGGCAAGAUAUUGGUUAAGAUAGCGGCUGGUGAAGAUGCUGAUUCAAUCGCAAUGAUUAAGCCCAGCCCCCGAUUUGCACCAGACGCCGCGUAUCUUCUCGUCGGAGGUCUAGGGGGAAUAGGAAGAGCGGUAUCUAACUGGAUGGUUGAAAAUGGUGCAAAAACCCUGGUUAUACUUUCGCGAUCUGGAGCCAAAUCUCCCUCUGACCAGGCAUUCCUUGAGGAACUUCGAUUCCAAGGGUGCAAUGUCGUCGUGGUAGGAGGAGAUGUGUCGGAUAUAAACGACGUGCGCAGUGCCAUAGCAAAAAGCCCCAAGCCCAUAUCUGGGGUGAUUCACCUCGGUAUGGUUCUAAAAUCUGCUCCGCUGCUGAAGUCUUCGCAUGAAGAUUGGGUUGCCGUCCAAAGCCCCAAAGUGGAUGGCGCUUGGAAUCUCCACCAUGCGCUCGGCACUGCAGAUCUUGAUUUCUUUGUUGUUUUCAGUUCCAUCGCCAGCCUCUGUGGAAUUAUCGGUCAAGCCAGCUAUGCUUCGGCCAACGGGUUCCUAGACGCCUUUGUCAGAUAUUGCCACUCGCUAGGUUUGCCAGCAACCACCGUUAAUCUUGGCGCGGUGGGCGAUAUCGGGUGCUUUACUAGGACUCCCGAGUUGUUAAAGAGCGCGGUGGCUUUCGGUACUCGAAUCCUCGAAGAAGGCGAUGUUCUCACUGCCCUGCAGCUGGCGAUCGAGAGCUCAAAGUCGACACCCCCAGCUGUUCAGUCAGAGCCGUCCCAGGUGAUCGUGGGCAUGAGUUCGACCAAGCCACAAUCAGACCCUCUCGCUAGGCCAUUAUGGUCUCAAGAUGCUCGAUAUCGGCUGUACGAAAACCUGGAACACACUCAGUAUACGUCGCGGAUGGAUCUCCUUGACGAGGCCAAGCAGUUCUUCUCGGAGGCCAAACAAAACCCGGAGAUGUUCAAAGAGGAACGAGCAUGGGAAUUCAUUCUUAAUGUGAUUCGACUACAGUUAAGCAAACACGAAGUUGAGGAAUUAAGUCUGGCGCAGAUUGCUGACAUGGGGAUUGACUCUCUUAUGAUGAUGGAGAGUAUUGGUGCACUCCGAAGACAUUUCGACGUGGAGCUGAGUAUAACCGACAUUUCAGCCGCAGGGACCUUUGGCGAACUGGUCAGAACAUUACAGGAAAUCCUCUACAAGAGGUACAUGGAGAGUGAUAGUUGA